AUGUCAGCCUCUGAACUGGAGGCAAUUCGCCAGGAGCUAGAGAACGAGAAGCGCCUUCGACAGCAGGCUGAGCAGGAUAGAGAGAGGGCUGAGCGGGAUAGGGAACAGGCUCAGCAGGAUAGAGAGAAGGCUGAACAGGAUAGAGAGAGGGCUGAGCGGGAUAGAGAACAGGCUCAGCAGGAUAAAGAGGAGGCUGAACAGGGUAGGAAGAUAGCGGAAAGGCGAAUACAGCAGACCACCCUCCCUGAAUUUUUGAAUGCCUGCCAUACCCACCUAUCUGUGGGUUUCUCUUCGCGUAUCAACUACACGAGUGGAACUCAAGGACAGGCCGAGAACGCAUCUUCUAAGCUUCGACCCAACCAUAUCCUAGAAUGGGAGACGUUCCCUCAAGAGCAAUGUGCAGUGUGGGAAGACCUCUUGAAUGUUAAUUUCACCUCAGAGCCCCAUUUUAUGUCUUUGAAUACGCUAGAAGAAUUAGAGCUAGAUCUCUGUAUCUAUGAGCGCUAUACUGUCGAGGACCGCGUCUCGCUUAUCAUUCGAAGCCUCUACUUGAACCACGACCUUCGCGACACGUUCAAUAUUUUAGGGGAAGUGAUAUUUGAGAAUCACGGCAAUACAAUAGGCGCUGAAGGACAGAGUGAUGGGCCAGAGCCAAGUACUCCACAGCAAUCUCCAGUGCAGAAGCGGCGGAAGCAAAUCGAUGUACAGGGAGACACUCUGCCUGCCAUGCCUGCUGUGCGAUCAAGGUCAUCUCGGCCCCGUGCUGAUCAGUUCUGUGUCUAUAAUGCGGGCCGCGAAGGGAAUAUCCCCGCAUUUAUUAUUGAAUAUAAAGCACCACAUAAGCUCACACUUGAUACCGUGGACGCUGGACUUAAGGACAUGGAAGUAGAUGACGUGGUUCUAUAUAAUGAGGAUGAUGGCCCAGAGAAGCUUGCUCGCCGGAGAGUAGCUGCAGUUAUCUCACAAGCAUUCUCCUAUAUGAUUCAGGGAGAGCUUGAGUUUGGGUAUAUCUGCACAGGUGAAACAUUUAUUUUCCUUCGUGUACCCUCUGAUGACCCUACCACCGUCUAUUACUAUCUCUCUAUCCCAAAUAAAGAUGUUGAAGAGGCAACUCUCUUAAAUGGCAGCUUAGAUGACUGCCUGCAUCUUACGGCAGUUGGACAGGUUCUCGCCUUUACCCUCCGGGCCUUGAAAACACGGCCUCGUGGCCAAGACUGGAGAAAAUAUGCAGAAGAUCAGCUAAAGACAUGGGAGAUUGAACAUGACGACAUCCUCUUUGCAUCAGAUAUAUCAGAGGUUGAGAAGAGCAGCGGCAAAAAGCUAUCUGACUAUAAACAGAGCCGGAGGAGUAGGGAUGAAUAUAUCCGUGCCUCGCCAGUCAGAACAAGGUCGAAAGCUUUAUUCUCGGCCUCUUGCCGCGACCCUGAAGAAAGACCGACAAAUUCAGAUCCUGAUAGCGAUGAUAGCAAUGGGGGCGGCGGAGGCGGUAGAUUUUAUCCCAGCAGUCCAACGGAAGGCCUUCCUCGCCGAUCUUCAAACCUCAUGGUUGUUGUUCCUCCACCACCACCACCAUCCUCUCCGCCCCCUGCGCCAACCGAAAGGGCAAAAUAUUUAUAUAACUACGGGCCGAUCGCGCCAUGGUGCACCCAGAAAUGUCUUCUCGGCCUGCGCAACCGUGGCCCUCUUGACCCAGACUGUCCGAACGUCGCCAGUCACGGUAAAGGCCAACAUGCUAUUGAUGAACAUGUAUUCCGCAAGCUCGUCCGAGAGCAAAUCAUAGGGAAAACAGGUCCCUGGGGCUGCGAGUCUAUGCACCGCCAUGGAACUUCUGGAGCGUUAUUCUGGCUUACAACUUUCCCAUAUGGGUACACUCUUGUGGCGAAGGCAAUGCCUGUUGAGAUGGUUAGCCGUGCAUUACACGAAGAGCGUAUAUAUCAACACCUCAGUACAAUCCAGGGGAUCUAUGUACCCGUUUGCCUGGGGAGUGUUGACAUAUCCCCUAGCCCACUCUGGUAUGAUGGGAUCUGUGAAGUUGUCCACCUGCUACUCCUUGGCCACGCGGGGAGGCUUGUCACGCUCCAUGCCGGGUCUAGCAACCUGAAAAAUUUCAUACCUUCAGUAUCGGAGUCCCUGCGAGCAAUACAUGGACAAGGAGUCUUGCAUCGCGAUGCCCAUCAGGGCAACAUGUUCUGGAACACUGAGAAUAAACGAGUGAUACUCAUAGAUUUUGAACGGGCAAAGAUCCUUGACAAGGAGAUUUCUAUGAAGUCCCCUUCAAAGAAGAGGAAACGGAGCGGUCUUCUUUUGCUUCCAGCCGUAGCCAACAAGAAACAUGGCAUGGAGUUGUUUAAACGAGAAUUACGCAGCGUAACGAGUGGUAUGGCAUGA